AUGGAGGACCAACGUGUGCAUACUCUGUUUGAUGCGAUUACACAUAGCGACUUGGCGUGGCUCAAGACGACCUUUGCCGAAUCCUUUGACUUCGACUUCAACUGCUUCAACCCAGCGAACAACCCAUUGUUGGGUUGCACAGCGCUUCAGUGCGUGGUGGCGUGCUUUCUCGGGACCGACAAUGAGGAGGUAGAGAAGGAGGCGCUGAAGAUCGCCAGUUGGCUGGUGAAACGGGGAGCAGAUCCCAAUCUCCGGUGCCGUCGUGAAUUUCCACAAGCUAGAGACUGGAUGUCCAUUUUCCUGGAAAAACAGGAUCACAGUGACAUCCGCUAUGCGGUGGCUGGGCACUCGGCCUAUUCCAUGCUGGCGCAGGUGCAACGAGAUAUGCGCACCUCGAAGUAUGCCGAGAACUGGGCGCCAUACUUAAGGAAACUGCAAAAUCUCAUGAGUACUUUAGCCUUGACGAAGCCGGAAACAACCACAGUGUCCAUGAAUCCUUUGGUCUUGGAUGUCUGGGAGAAGUUUAGUGCUGACAAGCAAUGGCACGAUUUGGUUGUCCAGGGAAUCGACGGUGAGGUCACAGCGCAUGCGGCCUUCGUUGCUUGUGUGUCGCCCGUGGUGGCCUCCAUGUUGGCGUCCAAUAUGAAGGAAGCGAGCAGCAAACGCAUCGAAGUAGACGUCUCCAAGAAGGCCCUGUCCUUCCUCUUGGAAUUGCUCUACACCGGCUGCAGCAGCAAGGCAUUUUGCACCAGGUCUUUCGGACUUCAAACCUUGGACCUGGCACAUCGCUGGCAGAUUGAUCAUGUGGUAGAGAUGCUGCAGAAUCCAUUGGCACAGCACCUUUCUGUGGAAAACUUUCCUGAGGUGGCAGAGAGUGCUGUGCUUAAAGAUUUGCAAAAGCUGAAGAUGGCUUGCCGCAAUUUCGCUUUUGAACAUCCUGAAGUGAUGUCUGACGAUUUGCCACAGGCAGUUCAAGAGUGGCUCCAGUUGCGCAAGCCAGCGAGGGUCAACAAGAAGCAACGCAUCUUUUACUAG